UACAGCAAGGAUGACUUCCACCACGCAGGCCUGCAGGUGGAGUUCAUCAACCCCAUCUUCGAGUUCUCCCGGGCCAUGCGGCGGCUGGGCCUGAACGACGCCGAGUACGCCCUCCUCAUCGCCAUCAACAUCUUCUCCGCUGACCGGCCCAACGUGCAGGAGCCGAGCCGCGUGGAGGCCCUGCAGCAGCCCUACGUGGAGGCCCUGCUCUCCUACACGCGCAUCAAGAGGCCGCAGGACCAGCUGCGCUUCCCCCGGAUGCUGAUGAAACUUGUGAGCCUGCGCGCGCUGAGCUCUGUGCACUCAGAGCAGGUCUUUGCCCUGAGGCUCCAGGACAAGAAGCUGCCGCCUCUGCUGUCUGAGAUCUGGGACGUCCACGAGUGAGGGGCCUGGCCGCCCUGCCCCACAGCCCUGUCCCCUCCAACGCAUGGACGUUGUUGACCCUUCCUCCUGGAGUGGCCAGGAGUGGGCCUGGGGUCCCACCUUACGGCUUAUAGCACAAGCCCUGGCCCACCAGUCCCUCGGGCGAGCCCCCGCCAGGGUCCAGGGGGCUCCCUCCCUGCCCACUGAGUCUUCCUGGGAGGGCUGGGUGGGUCCUAGGUCCCGACCCCGACCCUCCUAGCACUACCGGCUGCCCUCCCCACCCAGUUUACACCUCAAGCUCACUGCGCAGUGCACCUUGAGCAGAGGGAGUGGGGGGCCUGUGGCUCUCCCUUCCAGCCUGAGAAACCGCAGGCCACCCUCCCUCUGUUCCUUUUAUUUAAU